UGCCUGCUGGAGAGAGUUGCUGGGCGAUUGAGCGAUUUACUACAACAAGACAGGGCGACAGCGAGAACAACUUCAGCACGCCUAACUAGUUACUAGGUAUUUUCAAAAGGAACAGAAAACAAGGUCGGAAGGCAGCGCGGGAGCUAUUUAUAACAUUGCUGCUGAUAAAGUGCCAAAUUGGUCACGUUCGUAAAGUAAUAUUUUUGCGGGGCGACAGAUCGGAGGAGGGACGGGAGUGUGAAGCACUUUGAUGUGGGCUGCUGAUGGUUGUAGCAGUGAGGAGAAGGGAUUUAACAACUUUCCUAAACACAUAAACACGGGAUUCGUGGCAAUAUUUCCCGAAAUACAUCUCUGGGUUACCCACGGAGCUUCUCCCCUGGGAAGGAUGGACAUACGUACCGCAGAUACCUCGUACUCGGCACAUCGGCUUGGUUCUGGUACCCCAUGUAUUUAGCCACGUUGUCUUAACUCAUUGGGUACACGGAGUGGACAAAACAGCUGAUGUGAGGAGACCAUGAUGAGGACAGGCCAUGGUGAGAAGGUGUGACUCAGGACCCAGUGCUGAGGAGGGCACCUGGAACAUUGAUGGAUACUGGAUAUAGAGGUCAGAUGGUGUUCUGAACGAGACAUGGGUAGCUACUGUAGCUGUCCUGACAAAGACUUCGCUGAUAAGCAUCAGAGCAAAUUCAAGGUGAUAAAUGUGGAUGACGAUGGUAACGAGUUGGGCUCAGGCUUGAUGGAGCUGACAGAGGAGGAGCUUAUCCUCCACACCAGGAAACGUGACACCGUCAAGUGGCCUUACCUCUGUCUGCGUCGCUACGGUUACGACUCCAACCUCUUCUCCUUCGAGAGCGGGCGACGAUGCCAGACUGGACAGGGUAUCUUUGCCUUCAAGUGUGUGAGGGCAGAGGAGAUGUUCAACGUGCUGCAGGACAUCAUGCACAACAACAGCAUCAGUGUAGUGGAGGAGCAGGUGGUGGAGCUCAACCCUAUAGAGACUACUGAGAUGUCCCGCAAACCACACACUGCUGCUGCUGGCUACUCUGUACCCACGUUACCGAACGGUACAGGGCGCUACCCGUCGUUUGGUGAGGCCUCGUCGCGCCCUUCUAGCCGACACCCGUCUGUAGGCAGCGCCAGGCUGCCCUCAGUGGGAGAGGAGUCAUCACACCCCCUCCUGGUCCCAGACCAGUCGGUCCACACCUACGUAAACACUCCUGGGAUACAGGAUGACCGGCGCACUCGCCCCAGCAGCCACACCCCCUUGGAACUGCGGCUGUCCAAUCCGGAGACGACCUCCUCGCUAGCCACCGCCCCUCCGUCUCCCACGGAGACAGACAUGGAUACAGAGCCUCAGGUGCUGCUGGAGCCAGAAGGGGUUAAAUUCAUCCUGGGUCCCACCCCGGCUCAGAGGAGGCAGAAGCAGACCCCUGGGGAUGAGGACAGGGAGGCUGGGUCCAGACGUUCUGGGGAUGAGGACAGGGGCGCUGGGUCCAGACGUUCUGGGGAUGAGGACAGGGAGGCUGGGUCCAGACGUUCUGAGGAUGAGGACAGGGGCGCUGGGUCCAGACGUUCUGGGGAUGAGGACAGGGAGGCUGGGUCCAGACGUUCUGGGGAUGAGGACAGGGAGGCUGGGUCCAGACGUUCUGGGGAUGAGGACAGGGAGGCUGGGUCCAGACGUUCUGGGGAUGAGGACAGGGGGGCUGGGUCCAGACGUUCUGGGGAUGAGGACAGGGGGGCUGGGUCCAGACGUUCUGGGGAUGAGGAUAGGGGCGCUGGGUCCAGACGUUCUGGGGAUGGAGAGAUGGAGCUUGGGGUGUCUGGGUCUAACGAUGAGCCCAGCUUGACAGCUCCCUCUGGGGGUCUGAAUGGGAAUAGCUGUGUGGUGGGCGCCACCCUGGGUCUCCAGGCAGGAGACUGUGAUACGGGCUAUGACAGUGAUGAACGCAAAGACGGGCCCCCUCCCCCUCUUCCUCCUAACCCAAACCCUCCACCUCACCCAGGGCCCAAACCCAGCACCACCUAUGAGCACCACAACGGCAACACCACCCAUCCUUAUGUUUCCACCCCUGUUCCCGUCCCCAACCCCCGGCGUAGCCGCCCCGCCAUCCCCCUCCCUGACUCCUCCCACAAUGCCAACAACUCCGCCCAGCGGCGCACGGCGCUCCUUAACUACGAGAACCUCCCGGCGCUGCCGCCGGUGUGGGAGACCGCCAGGCGCUUCUCCGAGGGAGACGAGGAGGACGAAGAGGAGGUGUAUCACGGAUAUGGACCAAAGACGCCCUCUCUUAACGGCUACCACAACCACCACCACCAUCCUCACCACCAUCACCACGGUCUGGGUCUGGACCCCAUGCACAACUACGUCAACACAGAGAAUGUCAACAUCUCGCUCAGCGCCAAACUGGACUCUGCGCGGAUCCUUCCGCGGGGGCGGGACUCUAGCGGCAUCUGUUUGACCCCCACCGUCUUUAACUUUGACUUCCGGUCGGGGCGAUUGGCGGGUGGACCGUGUGGGUUGGGGUUGGAUCCCCUGAGGCAGCUGAACUACAUUGAGUUGGAGAUGGAGAAGGGUUCGGACUCCAGUGGGCCGCAGACACCCAAGACCCCCACCACUCCCUGUGGCGUGGGCCUGGGCAGUCUCCUCCUCCCCCCCCCCACCCCCACGCGGCGGACCGAACUGUACGCCAUGAUCGACAUCGAGCGCACGGCGGCCAUGUCGAGUCUUCAGAAAGCACUGCCCCGUGACGACGGCACCUCUAGGAAAACCAGACACAACAGUACUGACCUUCCUAUGUGAACUUCACCACGCCCUACCAUACCUAGCCUACCAAGCACUGUCUGGGUCUCAAAUGGAACCCUAUUCCCUAUAUAGUGCACUACUUUAGAUCAGGGCUGUUCAUAAAGUGGAUCUCAAAUGGAACCCUAUUCCCUAUAUAGUGCACUACUUUAGACCAGGGCUAUUCAUAAAGUGCCUGAGAGUAGUUGUGCUAAUCUAAGAUCAGUUUGACCUUUUUAGACAAUAGGGAAUCAGAUGACCUGGACAGGGGGGGACGGGGGGGUGGAUCUGAUCCUAGAUCAGCCCUUCUACUCUGGGAACCCAGGGCCCAGAGGGUUCUGGUCCAAAUGAGUGCAUAACGACCCAGGGCCCACAGGGUUCUGGUCAAAAUUAGUGCAUAACGACCCAGGGCCCAGAGGGUUCUGGUCAAAAUGAGUGCAUAACGACCCAGGGUCCCGAAGGUUCUGGUCAAAAUGAGUGCAUAACGACCCAGGGCCCAGAGGGUUCUGGUCAAAAUGAGCUCAUAACGACCCAGGGCCCCGAGGGUUCUGGUCAAAAUGAGUGCAUAACGACCCAGGGCCCAGAGGGUUCUGGUCAAAAUGAGUGCAUAACGACCCAGGGCCCACAGGGUUCUGGUCAAAAUGAGUGCAUAACGACCCAGGGCCCAGAGGGUUCUGGUCAAAAUGAGUGCAUAACGACCCAGGGCCCACAGGGUUCUGGUCCAAAUGAGUGCAUAACGACCCAGGGCCCAGAGGGUUCUGGUCAAAAUGAGUGCAUAACGACCCAGGGCCCACAGGGUUCUGGUCAAAAUGAGUGCAUAAUGACCCAGGGCCCAGAGGGUUCUGGUCAAAAUGAGUGCAUAACGACCCAGGGCCCACAGGGUUCUGGUCCAAAUGAGUGCAUAACGACCCAGGGCCCACAGGGUUCUGGUCAAAAUGAGUGCAUAACGACCCAGGGCCCCGAGGGUUCUGGUCCAAAUGAGUGCACUACAUAGGGAAUAGUGUUCCAUUUGGGACGGAACCACUGUUGUGUUCUUCAGUGGAACCUUGACCUGACUCUUGUUGUUGUUGUCAGACUUUGUUAUACCUUUGUUAAACCCCACAACAUCUGAAGACAGAAGGGCUGCACAUUUGUUGCAAUAAUUUUUUUAUUUUAAAAUGUCUUAUUACUUAACAAGGAGUUACACUGUGUCCUGAAGGUAACCUGGUCCCAGACCUGUUUGUGCCAGUCUGUGUCAUCACAAGGAGAUACACUGUGUCCUGAAGGUAACCUGGUCCCAGACCUGUUUGUGCCAGUCUGUGUCAUGACAAGGAGUUACACUGUGGUCUGAAGGUAACCUGGUCCCAGACCUGUUUGUGCCAGUCUGUCAUGACAAGGAGUUACACUGUGUCCUGAAGGUAACCUGGUCCCAGACCUGUUUGUGCCAGUCUGUGUCAUGACAAGGAGUUACACUGUGUCCUGAAGGUAACCUGGUCCCAGACCUGUUUGUGCCAGUCUGUCAUGACAAGGAGUUACACUGUGUCCUGAAGGUAACCUGGUCCCAGACCUGUUUGUGCCAGUCUGUCAUGACAAGGACUUACACUGUGUCCUGAAGGUAACCUGGUCCCAGACCUGUUUGUGCCAGUCUGUGUCAUGACAAGGAGUUACACUGUGUCCUGAAGGUAACCUGGUCCCAGACCUGUUUGUGCCAGUCUGUCAUGACAAGGAGUUACACUGUGUCCUGAAGGUAACCUGGUCCCAGACCUGUUUGUGCCAGUCUGUCAUGACAAGGACUUACACUGUGUCCUGAAGGUAACCUGGUCCCAGACCUGUUUGUGCCAGUCUGUCAUGACAAGGACUUACACUGUGUCCUGAAGGUAACCUGGUCCCAGACCUGUUUGUGCCAGUCUGUGUCAUGACAAGGAGUUACACUGUGGUCUGAAGGUAACCUGGUCCCAGACCUGUUUGUGCCAGUCUGUCAUGACAAGGAGUGGCAUGAUGGCACAAGCAGACGGGUACCCAGGCUAUACUGAAAGGGGACUGAUGGUACCAGGUACACACCAAUAUAACACUAUUUUAUUCCUGAGGUCAUUUGACACCUAAUUAAAGAAGGGAGUGAAACACCCUUCUAGCCUGGUCCCAGAUCAGUCUGUGCUCUUGUCUACUCCUUUGCUGUCAUUGUCAAGGCAAACAAUGAGUGACAGGGCGUUGCCAUGACAGCACAAACACACUGGUACCCAGGCUACCUGUUAUUCCAAGUGCCUGUGUAAGUUUAGCUUGCAGGUGAUGUGCCAAACAGCGAGGUCUCUUUGAAUGACGGACCUCCUCACCAAUCUCUCUCUCGGUACCAAUCUUUUACAGUGCUGAUCAUAAACUGAAAUGGUGUUAAAGACAACACUCGUGUCGCUAUUUGAAGCUGACUUCCUGUUGCCCUAAUGGCUGUGGACUCCGAUGGUGUGUUAUGUUAGUGGGCCUACCAGGGUUGGGCUCAAUUCCAUUUCAAUCCCAGUCCAUUCAGGAAGUACACUGAAAUUCCAAUUCUCUUCAAUGCUUUUCAACGAGGAACAUGUGGAUUUGGAACUUGGUUUGCUUUCUGAAUUGACGGAAUGGAAUUGACCCCAAGCCUGGAGUCUUCGGCCAUGUCUCGGGGUCAACGUCUUGGUACGCCACAGUCACUUUAGCCACUACUAGUGUACAGACAGAUGGUGUGUUAUGUAUAAAUGCCAAAUGAUGAUGUUCCACAAUGCAGCUGUACUAAUGGGUUUGUUCCUGCUGGCUGUACUGAAAGUACCCAAAUCCUACCGUUGGUGUUCCUGUGUGACAUCAUCAUCAUGUUCCAGGUUCCUUCCAGCAGGUUUGGGUUCCAAUUUAUUUGACUAUUCAGUCAAUUCAGAGAGUCGAAAUUUGAAAUUUCAGUUUUGUUUCCUGGAUGGACAGAACUGAAAGGGAAUUGACCCCCGACCCUGCAAACAAUAGUCCAUUUGUACAGGGGCCCCCUGGUGGUUGUUGUAUAAUGUCUGAGUUCAGUCUGAAUGUUCCUUCUGAACGUCGCUGUGAACAAGGAAAAGAAAAGCACAGUGUUUUCCACACCAUGCUGUCCGGCAGCCAUGUUUCAUAGGAGGAGUUUGGGUUCCAUCGUUUCCUCUUCUGUUCUCUCAUUGUAUCAUAUUGUACAAAUCAUUAUUAUUGGGUUCCAACUUGCAUUAUGUUUUUUUCCACCUACAUUUUAUUAAUUAAAAGAGUUCGUAAACUAUAGGAAUUGUACAAAAAGUACUUUAAUAGAUAUUGUUUAUUAAAGAAAGGAACUGUUCGUGGAAAACAAUUAUUAUUUGCCAAACUCCUUUUUUCAAUUCUAGAAUAUGAUGAUUUCCCCGGAGUUCUAGAAUGGGUUCUGUUGGUUCCAUUUACGACAUAAACAUUCCUUAUUUCCUCUGUUUUGGUCUCAGAACACCAGACACUAUAAAGAAAGACGCAGGGAAUGAAACAAUUCAUUACUCACUGGGCACAGAUGUCAGUUCAACAUCUAUUCCACGUUGGUUGAACAUCAUUUUGUUGAUUCAACCAGUGAGAGCCCAUUGGGCCUUCUGUUUAAAAACAGAAUGACUUCAUAUUGUAUGGACUUUACAUUGGUGGGAGGGGAGGCGAUUUUGAUGUUUGCAUUUUUCUGUUCUAUAAAAUGUGUUUACCACAACGUUAGUAUUUUGUGACCAGAGGAAAAAGUGUGUAUUUAGAUGUCUACAUCAAUGUUCAUCCAUCACUGCCAACAACCCCCUGUGUUUUGUAGCAUGGCAAAAUAAUAAAUAAAACAAAUGGAACUAA